AUGUUCUCGCGCAUGUCUCUCAAAGAUACGUCCGCUCCCCAUGGCGCCUGCGCAAUGCCGUCGCCAGAGGACAUCGAAGCCGCCCUUUACGCGCGGGGCUACGCCAUCGUCUUUGAGUGGACCGAACCGCCCAAUGCGUACUGCCCGCCUCACAGCCACGCGGAUUGCUUUCUGUACGUCAUCCUCGAGGGCGAGAUCACGGUCUGCUACCACGCCGACUACGGGACGGGCUACAGCCCAAACGUGGUGCUCACGUACCGACAACUAGACUGCGUCAUGAUCGAGAGCGAUCAGCUCCAUGAAGUCUGGAUUGGGGACCAAGGGUGCAAGUUUGUCGUUGGGAAAGCGGCCUGGAAGACAGCGGCGCCGGCCUCCCUGCUUCGGCCGCCCCAUCUUCCUCCAUCCUCGCCAGUGGUGCCGCUUCCGCACCGUGACCCGCCGGCUGAAUCCCUUGUCGUGGGACGCGACCGUGGCGAUCAACAACGUGGUUGGGACUCUCGCACGGGACGUGGAGGAUAAUUGUUGGGUCCGUUCCACCCCGGUAUGCACCACCACCCACGAAAUCAAGAAAGACUUUCCCAAUUACAUGAUGCAGGAAUCGAGAGACCGUUUCCCGACAGCUAUAUCCCGAGUCAACAACGUGCGUCGGGAUCUAGAUGUCCUGGCAUGGGUCAGGGCUGUGUUGGAGUUGGGGGUUAUUGUCAAUAUGUCACUACCGGUGAAUUCAAGU